CAACUCUUUUUUGGUAAAAUUUGUCGAUAGCUGUCAUUCCUUUCCUUCUUGGCUCUUUUCGUCGUCCCUAAUCGACGAGCUCAGUAUAAAAAUGGAGGUUUUCUCAGGCGGCACUGCCAGUGCCAGCGUUGGCAUUACCGCAAGAAGAGGUUUUGGAGGAGGAAGAAGAAGAACUGCCUGUAAAUUAAGAACUCGUGGCUGCCCUGCAGCUUGAUUUUGAGAGGCUGACGAUGAAGAGAUACAGGAGCAGCGAGGUGUGGGAUUUCGAGAUGGCUUCUCCGGCGAGCAGCGGCAGCGCCGACGUCAUCCUCGGCCUCGACGGCAGCGCCUCCGACACCGUCUGCGUCUGCAUAUCCGCCGCCAUGCCUUCUUUCGCCUGCCGCCUCGAUGCCCCGCUCCCCGUCCUCUCCCGCGCCGUCUCCGGAUGCUCCAACCAUAACUCCGUCGGAGAAACCACUGCUAGAGAAACCAUAGAGAAGGUUAUGGCUGAAGCCCUUUGGAAGGCAGGUUCCAAUCGUUCUGCAGUUCGGGCUGUUUGUUUAGCCUUAGCCGGUGUCAAUCAUCCUAGUGAUCAAGAAAGAACACACUACUGGCUCAGAAAUAUUUUCCCAGACCAUGUCAAGAUAUUUGUAGAAAAUGAUGCUGUUGCGGCGUUGGCCAGUGGAACUAUGGGCAAACUCCAUGGAUGUGUACUGAUUGCCGGCACUGGUACUAUUGCUUAUGGCUUCACUGAAGAUGGCAGAGAAGCCCGAGCUGCAGGAGCUGGACCUAUUUUGGGAGAUUGGGGAAGUGGCUAUGGCAUUUCUGCUCGAGCAUUGACAGCCAUAAUGAGGGCUCAUGAUGGUCGUGGCCCUCAAACGCUACUUACAUACGAGAUUCUCAACAUGGUUCGUCUUUCUUCGCCAGAUGAACUAAUUGGGUGGACAUAUGCAGAUCCUUCAUGGGCUCGUAUCGCAAAACUCUUGCCAGCAGUAGUAUCUUGUGCUGAAGCUGGUGAUGAAGUUGCAAACAAAAUUUUACACGAUUCAGUCCUAGAGUUGAGUGCUAGUGUGAAAGCAGUUGUGCAGAGGCUUGAAUUGUGUGGUCAAGAUGGAAAAGAUUAUUUUCCUCUUGUCAUGGUUGGGGGAGUUCUGGAAGAAAAUGACAGUUGGGACAUCGGGAAAGAAGUCAUCGAUUCCAUAACCAAGAUAUAUCCCGGAGCUCAUCCAGUUCGUCCCAAGGUGGAGCCAGCCGUCGGGGCAGCAUUAUUGGCUUGGAACAAUGUGACCCGCAAAAACUAUGUUUCCAACAUUGAAACAGAUUGUGAUAUGCUGAAGUGUUUCUGAAUGCUUACUGCAAUAUGGAGACAAGGUCCAUGGUGAUGUACACAAAUGCAGUUUUAUUCAUUCCGUUUUCUUUCACAAAGCCAAUUUGAGUAUCCGGGGCUAAGCUUGCGAGCUUGCUUAGUAGUUUCAGGUAGCACACCAUAUGCUGGUUCUCCAUAUCAUCUAUAGAAGCUUAAGCAUAUUAGAAAAGCGUGAAUUUGAGCUUCUUUGAUCGGCUUGGCUAAUUUUGUUAUGAUAUUUUGUGUGUUCUUACAGUCACGGUAAUUCCUGUAAGUUUUAACCCAGAUUUGAAAGUAAACCUGGUUCUUUUGUUUUUUCAGUGA